GAUGAGUGCUAGUGCCUGAUAAUGCUCAGCUGACACUUACCUUCAGUACUAGCAGGAACGUAGUGCGUGAAAGACGUGAUACUAGGAAUUCUUCAACCAAGUAGUAAUCAUAUUCUAAAAUGGUAACAACGUCGAACUGCUGUUUCUGCUUCUCAGUACGGACAGGGACUCUGAUCAUAGGAUGGUUUCAUACGGUGUUUGGAAUUUUAAACGUAGCUGCCAACAUUACAACGAGGUCUACAGGACAACAAAGUGAACUAGAUUCAACCGCCGAUGGUUCCUGGUCCAGCAUUAUCUAUGCGUGCUUGCAAGUAUUGGUGGCCGUAGGACUACUUUAUGGCGUGUAUACGCACCACAGAAAAACCGUAUACUUUUACGUCUUUCUACAAGCGGCACUGAUUGUCAUUAAUAUUAUCAUGGUGAUUGUUCUGCUCAUCUACGCAGCCUUCAGUAACGUUGCUAUGGUGAUCACCUCUAGUAUUAUCGUGUGGCUUAUACAAACAUAUCUCGUUGUCGUAGUCUACAGCUUCUACAAGGAAAUGGAAGAUCAUAUGUGAAACUCAACUGUGACCUUAUCGUUGUUGUAUACUAUGAACAAUUUUCCGGAGAUUUUUGGUUACAUAUUAAUCAUCAAUCCUAUACAAUUACUGCUUACAAUAUAAAAUCCACAACUUGUUGAAACCUAAUGAAUAAAACGUUAUACUUUCCACACUGAAUCAGAGUGUCAAUAAAGUUUUAGUUCGAUGAUAAUUUUCCACCUCUGUAAAAGGUCUCUUCUUCCAGGAAUUAAUGUUUUUGUAUAUUUAUAAAUGUAUGUUAAAUGAAAACCACAGAUAUCUCAAUAGUCAUUUUAUUGGUUAAAACUGUUAUCGGUAACUAAAAUAACUCAGUACACACAUAAAAAUAUAAACAUACAUAAAAUAUACAUUGAGAUUAUAAAAAUAGACCCUCAGUGUCUAAUACACGCCUUUAAGAAACAAUUCUAGUAUAUAUGUUUAUAUUCUUUUGUGUUCGGAUGAAUUAUUUUCCGAAAAUAACAAUAAUAACAUUUAUAACUGUAGUAAUAAUCAACUUAUAGUUAUAU